UUUCCGUCAUCCAAGCAGGAAGACAGUUGACUUUAGAGUUUAGAACAGUAGUAGACAUACGUGUAUAUUCCACUGUAACCUUAGCAAUUAGCAAAUGAUAGAUCUUGACUUCCGUCAUCCAAGCAGGAAGAAAUCUUGAAGAUCAAUGAAGAUAGCUAUUGUUUACUCCUUCCUCUUCCUGCUACGUCUACUGGUAUUCACCUCCGAGUCGGCGUCAUCUCCUCCGGCGGUAUGCAUACUCGGCAGCGGGAUCGGCGGCUCCUCUGUGGCACAUUUCCUGCGGACCUAUUCCAGUCCAUCUCAAGUGGGUUCGAUACGAAUGUUUGAACGCCAUGGUGUCGUCGGCGGCCGCAUGGCCACGGUCACAGUCUCCGGCGAGUCUUUUGAGGCCGGCGGCUCCAUUCUUCAUCCGAAGAACUACCACGCCUUGAACUUCACAAAUUACUUGAACCUUAAAGUCAAAAGGGCCUCAUCGUCGGAGUCCGAUUCUUCUUUUGGCAUUUGGGACGGCAGUAAGUUCGUGUUCAAAACACUGCCUUUAAACCCCAAGCUCUCGAUUCUUCAAAAGUUCGUGUCUUUCGCCAAUUCGGUCCUCAUUUUUCUCAGAUAUGGGUUCUCACUCUUUCGGAUGGAAAAUUUCGUCGAGGGAACUGUGGAUAAAUUCUUGAAGUUCUAUGAAGGAUUUGAGUCUAGGCCGGUGUUCGAGGAUGUAGAGGACAUGCUUAGAUGGUCGGGGUUGUAUAAUUUGACAAGAAGAACUUUGGAAGAAGAGUUGACUGAUGCUGGUUUAUCUACUACCCUUAUUCAAGAGCUUGUCACAGUUAUCACUAGAAUCAAUUAUGGGCAAAGUGUCACUAUGAGUGGUCUUGCUGGUGCAGUUUCAUUGGCUGGAUCUGGGGGAGGUUUAUGGUCAGUUGAAGGGGGAAAUUGGCAGAUGGCGGCUGGAUUAAUCAAUCGUUCAAAUGUUGAAUUGCACCUUGGUGAAGACAUAGAUUCAGUCUAUUAUUCAGGAAAACGAUACGAACUCAAGACAACAAAGGGGAAGAGUUACUUUUGUGAAGUUGUGGUGGUCGCUACACCCUUGGAUGAAUUGAAUAUUAAUUUUUUACCUGGAAUCACAAUCCCCGAUAGGAAAUUACAGCACACACAUACAACUUUCAUUAGGGGUCUCUUAAAUCCUUCUUAUUUUGGUUUGAGGUCAUUAUCAGAUCUUCCCGAAUUGGUUGGCACAAUAGAGACUUCUGAAGUCCCAUUUUCAAGCAUCUCGGUUCUCAAACGGUACAGCGAGCAUGAUAUGACUUACAAACUAUUCUCACGGAGUUACAUGGAAGAUGAUAUAUUGGAAAAAAUCUUUAGUGUGAGAAACAAGACGAUCAAAAUUGACUGGGGUGCAUAUCCUGUCUUUCAUGCCCCUGAGGUAUUUGCACCACUUAUUUUGGACGGCCAGCAUCUGUACUAUGUGAAUGCUUUUGAGAAUGCAGCGAGCACAAUGGAGACUAGUGCUGUAUCAGCUGAAAACAUAGCGCGCCUUGUCCUCUCCAGACUUGAAAUUGAAGCACUCAGCUCUGUCCCUGGAAGCUCCAGCGAUGCACUCAAGAUGCAUUCUGAACUGUAAGCUGGAAAUGGUUCCACCCUACAUAUAUCUUUUUGCUGGAAACUUUGCUACAUUUAAUAGAUUAUGCAUGAAGCUGCAUAUUAACAUAUGUGUAUAUAUAUAUAAUAUAAUAUAUACUUUGUAUGUUUAUAUAUUACUCCGUAUAUCGGUAUAUCCUAAUGUAUAUGUGAAUGUAAGCGUUUCCGCCUCAGGCUACGAUUAUAUAAUUGCGUCCUCCUUUGGCUAAAGGUUGGCAUUCUUGUCUUUCUUCUUUGUGUGUCGUGCUGAAUCUAUAAAGGAAAAACAAAUCAUAAUUCCAUAGAUUGAGGGGUGUAAUAGACACAUAUAUUUUAGGAUAUUAUUGUACCUUUCAUAUUAUUAUUUUCUAGUAUAAAUAUACCACGAGGCUACCUAAUUGGGUAAGCCAUUAUUCCAAAA